GCCGCUCGCUCGCUCGCUCUUGAGUCGGCCGGCCUGCGGAGCGGCGAUGGCGAACGUGGCGACCCGGGUGUCGUGGUCUGGCCGGGAGGGAGAGGCCGAGGGCCGGGGCGAGACUACGCCGCUGCUGAACGGCACGGGCGGGCAGCUGAGCCCUUCUUCAUCUUCCUCACGAUUUGGGCGCCUGAGCAAUGUGGAUCUUGGGGACCACGAGAGCACGGAAACGGAAGCCCCUCAGUCCCUCCCCAGCGAGAUUCCACACAACAACAAGCUUCUCUCCCUCAAGUACGAAAGCUUGGACUAUGACAACUGUGAGAACCAGCUCUUCUUGGAAGAGGAGAAGAGAAUUAACCACACGGCAUUCCAAACAGUGGAAAUUCAGCGCUGGUUCAUCUGUGCCAUGAUCGGCAUCCUGACCGGCUUGGUCGCCUGCUUCAUUGACAUCACGGUCGAGACCUUAGCAGGGCUCAAGUACAAGCUGGUGAAGGGCAAUAUUGACAAAUUCACAGAGACGGGACGCCUCUCCUUCUCUCUGCUCCUCUGGGCCACUGUGAACGCAGGCUUUGUGAUGGCCGGUUCCAUCAUUGUCGCAUUUCUGGAGCCCGUGGCCGCCGGCAGCGGAAUUCCUCAGAUCAAGUGCUACCUGAAUGGAGUCAAGAUCCCCCACGUGGUUCGGCUGAAGACCCUGAUGGUUAAAGUCUGUGGCGUGAUCUUCUCUGUGGUUGGAGGCCUGGCAGUGGGGAAGGAAGGGCCGAUGAUCCACUCGGGGGCUGUCAUUGCAGCUGGCAUUUCUCAAGGGCGCUCAACUUCCUUGAAGAGGGACUUCAGGAUCUUUGAGUAUUUCCGGAGGGAUACGGAGAAGCGGGAUUUUGUCUCGGCCGGAGCUGCCGCUGGCGUCUCGGCUGCCUUUGGGGCCCCUGUUGGUGGGGUCCUCUUCAGCUUGGAAGAAGGCGCUUCCUUUUGGAACCAGUUCCUGACCUGGCGGAUUUUCUUCGCCUCCAUGAUCUCCACCUUCACCCUCAACUCCAUUCUCAGCGUCUACAAGGGCAAUCCCCUGGACCUCUCCAGCCCCGGCCUCAUCAACUUCGGCAGGUUUGAUUCCGAGAAAAUGGGGUACACGUUCCAAGAAAUCCCCAUCUUCAUCUUCAUUGGUGUGUUGGGGGGGAUCCUUGGUGCCAUGUUCAAUGCUCUGAACUAUUGGCUGACAAUGUUCCGGAUCAGGUACAUCCACCGCCCGUGCCUGCAGGUGAUUGAGGCCGUGCUGGUGGGGGCCGUGACGGCAGCGAUUGCGUUUGUCCUCAUCUACAGUUCUACAGACUGCCAGCCUCUCCAGGACAACAGCAUGGCCUACCCGCUGCAGCUCUUUUGCCCUGAUGGGCAGUACAACUCAAUGGCCGCUGCCUUCUUCAACACCCCUGAGAAGAGUGUGGUCCGCCUCUUCCACGACCCUCCAGGCACCUACGACCCCAUGACCUUGGGCUUGUUCACCCUGGUGUAUUUCUUCUUGGCCUGCUGGACCUACGGGCUGACCGUGUCCGCGGGCGUCUUCAUCCCUUCCCUGCUGAUCGGCGCUGCCUGGGGCCGCCUCUUCGGAAUUUCCUUGUCCUACAUUCCCAAUGGUUUGAUCAGGGCCGAUCCAGGGAAGUAUGCCCUGAUGGGAGCUGCAGCACAGCUGGGGGGGAUCGUGAGGAUGACGCUGAGUUUGACUGUGAUCAUGAUGGAGGCCACGGGCAACGUCACCUACGGGUUCCCCAUCAUGCUGGUCCUGAUGACGUCCAAGAUUGUGGGGGACUUCUUUGCGGAGGGCUUGUAUGAUAUGCACAUCCAGCUCCAGAGCGUCCCCUUCUUGCACUGGGAGGCACCGGUCACUUCGCACUCGUUCACAGCCACCCAGGUGAUGAGCACCCCGGUCACCUGCCUGCGGCAGAGCGAGAAAGUGGGGACCGUCGUGGAUAUCCUCAGCGACGCGGCUUCCAAUCACAAUGGCUUCCCCGUAGUCGAGAGCAGCCCUGGCAGCAACCAGACGAUGGGCCUGCGGGGCCUGAUCCUGCGCUCUCAGCUGAUUGUGCUCCUGAAGCACAAGGUCUUUGUGGAGCGGGCCAGCCUGUCUCUGCGGCAGCGGCGGCUGAAGCUGAAAGACUUCCGGGACGCCUACCCUCGCUUCCCCCCCAUCCAGUCCAUCCACGUCUCCCAGGACGAGCGCGAGUGCAUGAUGGACCUGACCGAGUUCAUGAACCCCUCGCCCUACACUGUGCCACAGGAGGCCUCCCUCCCGAGGGUUUUCAAGCUCUUCCGAGCCCUGGGCUUGCGCCACCUGGUGGUCGUGGACAAUCAGAACCAGGUGGUGGGGCUGGUCACGCGGAAGGACUUGGCCCGCUAUCGGCUGGGGAAGAAGGGCAUCGAGGAGAUGCUCUUGGCCAAGACGUGACUCUGCUGGGCUGCUCAGGACUCGAGUGGUGCGCUGGAGCCCUCCAGCACAGAGGCCCCAAACUGCACCCCUGGCUGCGCCCGCCUCCCCAUGGCCCUCCGCACUGCUCUGCGCGGGGUGGGGGGGUGUAGAGAGAGCUGGGGGGCCCAGAGAGUGGCGACGGCAGGCAGACCUGCUGCAACCUGGACUUGGUGUGUCUUUUGUGUGUCUUUCACGCAUUCAUGAGUUCUUGCCAGGCUUUCCUUAGCCCAUCACUCACCGACUGUGCCUUCCAAUCCCCUCCUCCGGCAGGAACUAAACAGGCCCAGAGCCUGUCUGCUUCCCUUCUCCCUUCCCUCCAGCAAGGAGGGGGCCUGGGGAGUGAGGUGUGUCACCUGAGAUUUGCUCUUUUCCAGCUUCUCUGUGGUUGAAAGGGACCAAGCGAGGCCAGCCUUGUUCCCCCCCCCCCGUGUCCACUGCUGGCCCCCCAAGAUGUCCAGAGAGCAUUCGGUUGGAGGGGGGGGGCUUUGUCUGUUGGGCCGACCAGCAGCCCUUUUCCUGAGGCUUUCAUUUUAUCUUUUUUUCUGCCCUGUGAAGCCUCAAAGCUUUGCUGUCUUCUACAGCAUGUGCAACUGUACCUCAAAAGUCCUUUUUUGUGCUGAAAUAAAAAUGAAUUAGGUUUUUCUCCC